CUGCGGUUACUCCGACUAAACCUCGCUUUCGACUGUAAGCAACCCUUUGUGUGGUACGAGCCCUACGCUGAAGCCCACCUGGCCCUCCGCUCAUCCACUGAGACGAACCCCAUGAACGAGAGAAUCAUAAUCAACCAAAGUGGAUAACCUCAACCUGUUAGGGGUCACGGAUGCACUUACACUGUAACCGGUUUCUUGGUCACUAAAGUUCCUGAGGUGAUUUGCAUGAUUAUCUGUGUGUAUAUCUGUGUGUAAAUAUGCUUCUAUGGACAGAGCUCUCCUGUCCGAGACACACAUCUGAAGCACACAGCCUUAAAACAGCAGGACGUGUGAUCACCAGAAUGUUUAGCAGAACGCUUCUCAUUACUGUUCUUCUUCAUCUCUUGGGUGCAGGCCAUGGACAAGCUGGGACGUGUGAACUGCUUGAAUGUUUGGACUGUUCUCAAUCUCUAGCGUGUCCACUGUGCCAGCCCACGCCACAUAACUGCAACACUGGUGUCCCGCAAAACUGCACGAUAAAAGAUUUUAAUGUGACCGUAUACACCUUUCCCACCAAAGUUAGAAAGGGUACAGACGUGACUGUUAACUGCACUCACAAAGUUCCUCACGCCUCCAUCAGCUGGAUGAGAGACCAAAAAUUACAGGAAAAUGAAAAUGAAAAAAUCUUUCAAAUCGAAAACAUUAUAAAAGCCUCAGUCAUCACCUGUGAGGUUAAAAGUAUUUGUGGGGACUACAACAAAACUAUAACAAUUGAAGUAGAAGCUAGUAAUGAUAUGGUGGUUUUACUGAUUUGUGUCGGAGCAGCAGCUGCUAUCCUCAUGCUGUUUGCAAUAAUCAUGAAGAUUGCGCUCAAGAGAGGACAAGCCCAGAGCCAGGCCAGGAAGAGACAAAGAGAGCAGAAGCUGGAGAACAUCCACAGCACUGUGAACACCAUCACCAGCUACUACUGAGAGAGAGCGCUCCCUCCGCUGAGACUUUCACUUACACACUCAAAAAUAUCUCGAUCUCUAUGCGUUUUUGAAUUGCGUAUAAAAUUUCCAUCCAUUUGGAUCACACAAUUUUAACGUAAACUAAUAAUUGAGCUUUUAACAUGAACUCUAUUUAUAUUCAUAACUGAUAUUGUAUAUAAAUAAUGUAUAACAUAUUUUUUCUUAAAUAUAUACAUGCAUGCAAGUUUAUUCAUAUAUACAUAAUAAAUAUAUGUACAUUA